AUGGCCUCAUCCACUUCAGAGAAAACCCGGACCGGGGUGCACGAGAAAAAAAGAAGUGAAGCAGACAACUUGUCAUAUUCGAUGAUUCCAAAGCGCUUCAAAGAUGAGAAGAGCAAGAAGGGACCUCGGAGAAAUAAAACUCUCAAACAGAUCCUGGCUGCCGAACGACUCAGAGCCAAACAUGUCUCCGAUGUGUUGUUGAAAGUUAAUUCAACACCCGAUGAAGACAUGGAAAUGGCAGCUGCUCCCGACGACCAACCCAACCCGAAUGACCAGCAGCAACGCUCUCAUUCACAACCUGUAGUGAACAAAAAGGCAAGAAGAGAGCCCCUGGGAACCGUCAAUGCUGAUGUGAACUACAACACAUACAUGAUGAUCGAAGCCCCCCCAUCGGUCAUUCCACCCAAAAAAUACUGCGACAUAACUGGACUGGAGGCACCUUACAUCGAUCCCAAGUCCCGAUUGCGUUAUCAUAACGCAGAAGUCUACGAACUAAUCAGGACCUUCGGGCCCGGGUUGGAUCAAAGCUAUCUUUCUUUGCGUGGUGCACAUAUCACACUUCGAUGA